GUUAGCUCCCCUGACUAACUUAGCCUUAGCCAUGAGGUUGGAUUCUACUGUUGGCAGAAAGAUCAAAGAUCUCUACAUCAUGGGAGGGAAUAUUGAAGGUGAUAAUAUUACAAUGAAUCAAGUAAUGUGUUAUGUGUAACAUCUUUUAUCUCAAAUUUUAAUAUGUGUGUUGGGAUAGCACUAAAACUUUUUGUACAUUUUAUUUUUCUUUCAAAUGGGGGGGUGGUUGUGCGCGCCUAAUGUGGAUGUUUAGUUUUGACAUGUUUUUUUUUAAUCACCACCUUUUUCAAUUAAUUAUUGAAAAGUGGAGAAGGUCGUUUCUUCACAUUUCUGCUCUGGUGUUUAAAUGCACUGGUCUUUAUCAGAAGUUAUUGUUUGGUAUGCAUUGCCACCAAACAUGCUUUCUUGUAAUUUCAAUUCUUUUUCACAUAUUUAUUUUUUUUACAAUUACAUCCAACUAAUUUUGAUAGAUUUUUUUUUUUAAACUCCCUAACCGAGCAUGGGGCCUAGUUUCAGCUCUGUAGCAUUUCACAAUCCCUCGGAUAGAAAUAGUCAAAUGUAAUACUCAACCUGAAACAAUGCCUGUGUUUGUUUUUUUAAUGCACAUUGCUUAUAUGAAGUUAAAAGAAAAGUGGUACAAAGCAAUCAUUUUUUUUUUAUUUUUGAAAACUGAUUUUGUGCUAAAUUAAAUAAGGACCUAGUGGACGUGAAAUAAGUUAAUGCAUUACAUGUACCAUGGUGGUUUUUUUUUCCCCUUCCAGCUCGUGGACGUAUUAGCACGUGUGCGGAGUUUAAUUUUUACAACGACCCUGAGGCAGCACAGGUGGUUCUCAAAGAAUUCAUUAACAUUACUAUCCUACCCUAUGAAGUGUGCAGAAGGUUUCAUUUACCAUGGGUAAGAAAAGAUAAGCAAGCUGAUUCAUUUCAGAAGUGGGGCACAAAUGCUAUUCAGCAUGCAGAUUGUAAAAAUAUAUUCUUUAUUAAGUCGUGUGGGGGUUUUGUUUUUUAAUGUCCAGUCACCUCUGAGAUAUAAAGACAACCAUAACACGUUGUUAUGAGAUAUGUUAUGAUUUGAGUUGAUGACAUUGAAAUGGCAAUUAAUAAACUUAAUCGCUUUACAUUUUGUUUAGUUUCCUCACUUUCCAUUUUUCUAAAUGCCUUUCCCCUUCCCGCCAAUAUAUAUCUGCACAGGGUUGAGGAUCAUGUCCCAACUUAGAAGAUAUCCUCAUUAGGAUUUAUCUGUUUGAUCAGGACACAUUUUUUUUUAGAGCUGUAUUCAUCUGAAGAGGGUGUGCUCUCAGAGUCAUAUUGGAUAUUGGACUUAAUAUUUAAUAUAUUUAGAAUGAACAAAAUAAGCAUUGUUCAAUUUCAUUUACUAAUAAACCUUGCAACAUUUGAAGAUAAUAAGUUGUUACCCCCAACAGACCAUUAAUACUAUUCUUACAUUUCUUAAAUUUGACAGUGUGAUUCCAAAUUUUAGUUUUUUCACAUGUCAGGAUUUUGUUUUUAUAAAUAGGGUUGACAGUGUCAUUCCCAAUUUUAGUUUCUUUACAUGUCAGAAUUUUUUUUAUAAAUAGGUUUAAAUAUUGGAAUUUAGGGUGGUUGUCCUUCACAAUUAAUAUAAAAUCAGGACAGUAAUUUUGUAAUUAAAGAUGUUAAUAAAUAAUUUUCGGUCAUAUAACAGCUUUUUGUUAGUUUAUGACAAAUGCUAUUUCCAUUAUUAUUAAAUUUAACAAUAAUAUUAAUAGUAACAAUAAUAUUUAGAAAUAAAUAAGGUUAGACUUUUUUUUUUUUUUAAACAUGUAAAUUAUUUACUUUGUAACUUUGUGAAGUAAAAGCUUGAUUCUUUUUUUUUAAGGUAGUUAUGGCAAUCUUUGACACUGUUACUCUUUCAGGAUUUCUUUGACAUGUGGACUAACGCAGGCAGC